AUGGACCAACAAGGCAAACCAGAUUUCGAAGUGACCAAGUUCGACAACUGGGCGGAAAGGCCGCUGAUCAACACCCGAUGGACAAAGGCCUACAGCGGCAGCGAUCUUCUCAAUCGCACUGAACUGCUCCUUCACCCAAUCGAGUACAUGACCACUCUGGUUCAGAUUGGCUACGAGCCCCUGCCACCAAAACUGAGCAAGUCAAUCUUCGGGCGGACACAGCUUCAACUGCCCGGCUUUUUUACCUACAUGAACUACAUCGUCAAAACCGAUGGCUUCUUUGGCAUUUAUCGAGGGCUCCGCUUUAACAUCGCUUACUCGGUGGCGUACCGGUUUGUCUACAACAAUGCGGACAGUCUCUCCAAGCAAACAAAACUUUUCGGCUCCAUCAAGACCACCGAUGAGAAGUUCAAGGACCUGAAAAGUCUGUCACUAAGCCUUGUAAAUGAGACACUGAGCAGAGUGGCGGCACUUGCCGUUGCCUACCCAUUUCACGUUAUGAUGGUUCGCUCAAUGUCUCAGUUUGUUGGCCGCGAGACACACUACGACUCCAUCACAAGCGCAAUACUGGACAUUUACUACACUGGCGGCGUUUCCGGAUUCUACUCUGGUUUUGUGCCAUUCGUGCUGGGCAACUGCAUUCUGCUGUACCUCGAGUCAGGCCUGAUCUACUUGCUGCGCAAUCACGUGGACAAAUCACUGGAGCUGUCAAAGAACACAUUUGUCCUCUCCAGCAUCAGCAUAGUCACUCGAUCACUAAUCUACCCCUUCCGAAUUGUCUCCACCGUGAUGUCCUGCAACGGCUCUUCUGCCCGCUCUGUGGCCGCAUCCGCCUACACUGCCCCGGGCUAUGAAAACUGGCAGGAAUGCAUGCGCUCACUAUGGGCUCGAGGCGAAAUCAAGCGAGGCUCCUCGCUCUUCUGGCGUUAUCAACCAAUCACCUCCUCGCUCAUGUUUCCUGUGCAACCAUUGACUCCAAUGAAGCUUCGAUAA